AUGACUUGGUUAGAAAUGAGUGGUUCCAGGCUUAUUUCCCCCAUGCUCCCGCAGGUAUUGUGCUUUGCUAUCUUGGUGUGGACGGUUUAUCUUGUCAUUCGAUCCAUAUAUCGCCUAUAUUUCAGUCCUUUGUCACAUAUCCCUGGUCCUCGAUUCGCUGCACUAACGAAAUGGUAUGAGGCCUACUAUGAGAUUGUCCUGAGUGGGCAGUAUUCCUUCCAUAUUGACAAACUACGUGACCAAUAUGGUCCCAUUAUUCGGGUUGCUCCUGAUGAGAUUCACAUCCGAGAUAUCGAAUUCUAUGAUGAACUUUAUGCCAAAAAUUUACACGUGGAAAAGCCCGGAUGGAAUGUCAAGUUUGGCAGCCCGUCAUCUGUUUUCACGACAAUAGAUGCUGCUUCCCAUCGAAGGCGACGUGGAGCUUUAAACCCAAUGUUCUCUCGGCGCUCCAUAUUGUCUCUGGAACAUCUCAUUCAGCAACGUACUGAAUUACUAUGUGAGCGAAUUUCCGGCUUCAAGGGGACCGGAAGACCGCUAUCAAUGACAGAUAUGCUACCUGCCUUUACGGGCGACAUGAUCAUGGAAUACGCAUUUGGAUUCAGUUACAAUCAACUCGAAUCACUGAACUUCGAAUCGUUUCAUGAGGCUUUUAUGGCGAUUGGUAGCUCAGCGCAUGUGGCAUCAUUCUUUCCGUGGAUAAUUUCUGCGAUGAACUCUUUACCAGAUACACGGAUCGAAAAGGCCCAACCAAGUAUGUUAAGUUUAUUGCGCCUGAAAAGGGUAGGCCGUACAAUUGAGACUCAUGCCAGGUCAAAGCCGGAAGAAGGAAAAGAACAGAUUUCGAAGACAACUAUCUUCAGUGAAAUACUGGCAUCGGAAAAUCUGACAGCAUAUGACAAAGCACAUCAACGACUGGCAGACGAAGCCAAUAUACUGGUUGCUGCUGGAGUUGAAACAACGGCCUUCGCUCUCUGUGUUGGUGUCUUCCACAUUGUCAACACGCCGCAGAUCUAUAGUAGGCUCAAGAAUGAGUUGUUCAAUUCAUUACCCGCAGGGGAUCAUGAGAUUCCUUCAUUACUCGAGCUCGAGAAACUUCCUUAUCUGAGAGCGUGCAUCCAAGAAUCUCUCCGCCUCUCAUAUGGCCUGUCUGCACGUAACCCACGGAGGCACCCUGAUCGGACCUUGAACUAUAAGAAUCAAUACAUAAUACCCAAAGGUACGAAGGUUAGCAUGACCAUCGUGGAUGUCCAUCAUGACGAAAGCAUAUUUCCCGACUCGCAUCGCUUCAAUCCGGAACGAUGGCUCAACGAUCCUAAGGCCCCUGAUGGUAAACCCCUUGAUCAUUACCUGGUUGCUUUUGGGAAGGGGCCUCGACGGUGUUUGGGAAUUAAUCUUGCGUGGGCCGAACUUUUCUUUGCCAUGUCCAUGACAUUCGGAAGAUUCGAUUACACCUUGUAUCAAACCGACGCGACGGAUAUUCGUUACAAAUAUGACUUUUUCACCCCACGAGUGAAGCUGGAUAGCAAAGGUGUCAGAGUAUUGGUAAUUUGA